CGUGCCAGAAGAUCAUCGUUAUGAUCACUUAAAACAGAAGUCCACAGCCAGAAUCUGGUGCAUACCCGGAUAAACCGUCGGCGUUAACGUACCACGAGCAGCGCGUAUAGUUACCAUCGCUAUGGAUGAUCUAACUAAAGACCAGCAAGCUCUGUUGAAAAAAGCUUUCGACGCUUUCGAUCAUGAAAAGAAGGGCAGUAUCGGCACCAACAUGGUAGGUACGAUAUUGACCAUGUUGGGCUACGAGCUCAGCGAAAAUACGCUGCAGGAAAUCAUUAGGGAAGUCGACGAGGAUGGUUCCGGAGAGCUCGAGUUCGAAGAAUUCUGCACGCUAGCUGCUAGAUUCUUGGUAGAAGAGGAUACGGAAGCGAUGCAGCAAGAAUUACGCGAGGCAUUCCGGUUGUAUGACAAAGAGGGCAAUGGUUACAUAACUACUGCUGUCUUUCGCGAUAUCCUUCACGAACUCGACGACAAGCUAUCACCGGAUGAACUUGAUUUGAUGAUCGAAGAAAUCGACGCUGAUGGCUCAGGGACUCUCGAUUUUGACGAGUUUAUGGAAGUCAUGACGGGAGGCGACGACUAAAGCAAGUGGAGCUGAUAAUGAAGAUGGACACUCGGAGGCUGGCUGUUAGUCGCGCAAUUGGCAACGCCCGUCAAAGAGAACGGUCUUUCUUCGUAAUUCAAAUGCUUUUGAAAACCAUUAAACUAUGGCCGAGUGGAAAAUUGGACGUUUGCAAUCAUCCGUGGUAUCGUUGGCUGACUUUCAUCAUGCAAAGUGACGAUCACAACGUUUCCGAACGGUUCUAAUCAACAACAGGAGCACUAAAACUCUCGGAAUGCCUCGAAUAAAUUGGAAUGACGGUUGUGCAUUAGUAAACUAGCGAUGCAAAUUUCUUCGACAUGGCGAAAUGAGUACGCGCGCAAAGCUCCAACGUAAUCUCUAGUUGAUUACGUCGCGAAGAAAGUUUCUUACUGUAUGAAUAUUAUUACGAAAUAUUGAUUUGAGAUUUUGCACGUAAAGGUACGAAGAGGUCCAAUGUGUAACAUAAAUUAUACAUAUGUAAUAAGUUAUUAAAUCAUUAAGUAUGCCUAUAUGUAAA